AUGGCUAGGGCUGAGCUUUUUGGACACAUACAUGAUAUUCCGCAACAAGCUAUCGAAGGGUUGAAUGAUUUCUACAAGACACAACAGCGCGACAACUUCACGGAAGCCAUACCUCAUGACAUCCUCCAUGCCUUUGUGGAGCUUUACUUUGAGUACUUCGAUGUGCAGUUUCUCUUUCUGCACCCGUCUCGCUUAGAAGACCCUGGCCUGCCAUGGAUUCUACUGUUAGCCGUAGCAGCCGUUGGUAGCCAUUACUCCGAGAUCCCAGGUGCGGAAGAAUAUAAUCUUGUACUUUCUGAUCUGCUCGCUCGAGCUGUCGAACAGACUCUGUCUAAUCACAUAACACAAGUCGAAACUGCUACAGUUCAGAGUGUUUUUCUGUUGCAUGUUCUGUGGAUGUUUUCUAAUUCCCACAGAGACAAAGUCGUACUAAAACACAAGCGAAGCAGUCUUUCAACUGUAUGCUGGGACUUGCUUAGCAGGGCGAAUAAACGAAGACACCAAAGUCAACCUGAUAUUGGCACUGAAGGUGCCUGGCAAGCGUGGCUAACUACUGAAAGUGAGAUACGCCUGGUUACGUGUGUUCGACUCCUGGAAUGCCUCGGACAUAUCUUUCUGUUCAUGCCUUUGGCCAUCAACCUUCGUGACGCUACAAAACAGCUACCUUGCGAUGAAAGGGCGUGGAAGGCUCGAAAUGCUCUUGAUUGGAAGUCCAAACUGGAGACUUGCGUAGAGGCGCAACCCGCCGUCAGUGGACAAGGUUGUCGUCAUAGUCGCUCUAAUGGGCUGUCUGCUAAAGAUCCUUUCCCUUGCAAGGUCGCUCUCCUGGAACUGUAUCUCGAUGAGAGGGAUAUUUCUCACCAACUUCUUACAUCCAAGAUUCUACGGUCUUCAUUUACAUCAUACUUUGUCUCAAAGUCAAGUACUGAUGCUCAAAGGGCUUUUGAGAAACUUGAUACGAGGAGCCUGAACCCUCAAUUAGACGCAAUAAUCGACGACUGGGGGAGAUACGAUAUUCCAUUGUAUUGCGAUUCUACGACUGAUACCGGUACCACUGGAAACACUCCAUUUCGCCACUGGAUGGCAGGCAAACUAGGAACAGAUGCUGGAGUCGAAGAUGCGUCUCAUAGACUUUUUCCAGAAUAA